GAUUGUUGUUGAAAAACAAGAUGGCGGCCCCCUUGGAGGAGAAACGCAAUGUACAUUUUUCACCUGGGAAAUUGGAUGAAUUGAAGGACUAUUGACUAGCCGGUAGAACACACAGAUCAGCCUUUUUCAGGUUCCAUCUUGUUCCAUCAAGUUUUUGAAAGAAGUAAAAUAAAAGAAGAUGCCAGCUUCAAUAAACAGCCUGCACAAGAUGGCCGUCUACAUGGGGAUAGUGUCUGGAGGAGGUUGUGCAAUGAUGUAUUAUCUGAUGCAAAAAAACUUUGCUAGGUCAGAAUACUAUCACCGUGCACUGGAGCAGCUCCGAGAUAACCACACAGCAAUGGAAUCUCUCGGGGCUCCACCACUACAAGUUCACAACGUCAGACUGACAGACAGACAUAACAGAGUGGACAAAACAAGUGCAAAGAUCAAAAUCCCAGUGUCUGGGACUAAAUCUGCUGGAUAUCUCUAUACCUACUCUAUCAGGGACACUAUAAUGAACAGGUGGUGUUUACAGGAGGUUGUGCUGCAGCUCAGGGAUGGACAGAGAAUUGAAGUUUAUGAGCCCAGCGUAGACGAUGAUGAGGUGAAGCAGGAAGAGUGUUUUGGGCAAUCGGCCAUGGCAACUUCCUAGUGAAUUGUGAAAUGAUCUCCACCAUUUAAUUGCAUCUGUCCAGCUUUGCUUGCAGAAAAAUACAAAAGCUGCUACAUGUGAACAAGAGGCGCUUUAAAACUUAGCAACAGUCCCAUCAUACUUUUAACAAUAAAAUUACAUCCUGUGAUGACUUCUAAUUAUUGUACAUAUGAAUCAACAGAUCUUUUGAAUUGUGGUAGUCUUACAAAACAUCUUUCUGAUGUGUUUUGUACUCUUGUAAAAUAGUGUGGUAAACAAAGACAGCUUGAGGAAUGAAACACAUUGGUUUUAAAUGACAAUGCAAUAAAAAAAGAAAUAGCUGCAACCACCACAAUGCACAUAACUGAUAAUCUUGAUGUGAUUUUUUUAUACCGUUUUUGCUUUCUGUACUGCUACAGAAAGUACCCUCCAGAUAGGAUUCUAUGUUUUGGAAAUUACAAUUGCAGUAUACUGAAACUAUGAAAAAGGGUCUGUGAAAUAUUAUGAUAGUGUAAUUAUCCGGGUUACAAUAGAGCUAACAAAAUAAUUCCAGUUACUCCUGCCAAAUAUGUAUUGCCAUCAUUUCAUAGUUCUCAAAUGUUCCUGUAUAAAACAUGCUCACAUAAUGGUAAAGGUGAAUUUACUUUUAAUGAUUUUUUUAAUGGUAGUGGUUAGUUAUAGAAAUGUAUCGAUAGCUCUCUGCAGAUACAUUAAGAUGUUUGUAUAAAAUCAGGAGUUAAUUGCAUUAUACACAAAUGCAGUCCGAAACUUCUAGGAUGCCAGGAGUGUAUAAUGCAUGUUUGUUGAAGAUUGUUGCAAAAUCCAGGCAGGUAAUGUGUGACUGACAGACAGGCAAGAUCAGCUUCAUAAGCGUUCCCUAUUUUUUAACGAGGCCCCAAAAAACAAAACAUUCUGAAUUGAUUUUCCUUUCACAAGAACUUAAAUUCCCAGACCCAACUAGUGUAUUACACUGUGUUUAUUCCAGCUUGGAAGUGCAGCAUUGAAUACAAGAGUGCAAAAGGCAUUCUCCAUUUUUUGUUCACUAAUAGCUAUGAAGAAAAUACUGUUAAAAUAAAGUGUGUAUGUUUAAUACAGGAACAUGAGAGACCUAUGAUGUAAUGGUAAUGAUUCCUUGGAAUUAUUUUCUUUGCUGUAUGUAAAAAAAAAAUCUUGUUCAGCAAUUUAAAAUCUCUUAACCAGAUGACAGCAAUGAGUCUACAUUAUAUGUAGGUCUUCUGAUUUUCAGUUUUAACUGGUAAAAAAUGAUAAAACACCUCAGAUACAAAAAAAUGAAAUUGUGUAUAUAUUUAUGUGUGCACAAAAAAAAGACUAGAAAACAGAUAAACCUCUUGUUUAUCUAGGAAAUAAAAAAAAGAUUUUCAACAG